AUGUCAGACCUCGAGAUGCUUACAUACUAUCUUGGUAUAGAAGUAACGCAAGGAGCUGAUGGCAUUCACAUCAAACAAGAAGGAUACGCGCAAGGUAUACUUGUCAAGACGAAGAUGGAGUCAUGUAACUAUACUCACGUUCUGAUGCACAUGAGUUUGAAAGUAUCAAAGGCAGAGGAGGAGCCUGAGAUUGAUGCAACAUCGUAUCGAAGCACCAUAGGAUGCUUAAGAGAGAGUCAUAGAGAAGCAGUGAAGCAUCUAUACUCACGUUCUGAUGCAACAUCGUAUCGAAGAAAUGCGAUGCACCUAUUAACGGUCUAUGGAAGUUCAUCGGAGUUCAGAAGAUCAACAUACUCGAGAUUCGAGUUGGAAUUAAGGGGGAGAAUGUUGGAUAAUUCCAAUUCACUUAAGGAGCAAGUUAACUCAUUAAAGUGA